AUGACGAACGUAGCCACGAAGUCAAAUUUAAGGAUUGGGUACCAGUUAGACCCCAUACUGAAUGAGGUGAGGAGACGCGGGGAUAGCGACGGGGAUACGAGUUCGGGGAGCUCGAGCAGGGAGUUCCAAAACUGGAAAGAGGAAUGGAAGGAAAUGUGGAACAAGAUAAAAUUGGAAACGAAGAAUUUUUCAAACCGUAUUGAGAGCGAUGUUGUUAAUAUGGCGGCGGCAAGACCGUGGGGCGUCCCGUGCGGCGACCCUAGCCAGCACGACAUGCCCUGGGGGUCAUGCGUGCUGCCCGCAGAAUGCAGCGCAGAAUACAGAAUCUACAAAGGUGACUACUUCUGCGGACGCACCCAGUGGGUAUGUUGCUCCUUGAACUUCCACACCUAUGACUUGUACCAAGGACUUUCCGUGUCCUUUGGAGAAUCCACCAUGGAGGCCAACAGUGCUGAUGAACGGGAAAAAGCUAAGAAAAAGAACUCAAAAGAACGACGUAAACGAAGCGAACGCAGAAGAAAACGACGCAAGAGACUGAGAGAAGAACGAAAGCGUAAGAUCAAGCGAGCCAUCAACAGGAUUAUCAAAGAGGUCCGCAGAAUCCUCGACAAAGCAUACAAAAACGGCAGCAAAAUCCGAAAGAGAAAGACAAAUACUAUGAAGAAAUUUAUCAAAUUUCUCAAAAAACAGUAUAGGUUGGAUCGGGAGUCAGCCAAGGAUAUACAUGAGAUGCAGAUGCUGGAAGUCGACCAAGAGUUGAUGGACAGAUUGAAUCAAAUCAAAGAUUUGAACGCUGAUUUCAUGACGAACGAGACGUUUAGGCAAAUACUAGUUAAUAAGACGGUAUCGCUUAGGGCGGCGAAGAUGUUGGUGGGGGCGUAUCCUGAGUUGCAGGGGUUCUUGCCGAAGGAGUUCGUGAAGGUGGACUUUACCCGGCAGAGAGGGGCCCGUCGGAGCGGGGGCUCUAAGCACCGGAGAGGGCGCGAUCGGCGUAGAGGGGGCGCCCGUUUGAGAGGGGGGAUUGUACGUCCACGCAAUCGCCGCAAUCGUCGGCAAUAUCGUCUAUGA